AUGGCCGCUGCUUUGAGGUCAAAAUCAUCGAGGGAUGCAGCUUCCUUAGCAUUCAGACACUGUAUAAUCACCCAUAUGCACGAGGGUUCUUUGGCUUCUUCCUCCCCGUGGAAUUAUCAUCGGAGUAAAUGGGAUAAUAAUUUCUUUAGGAAUUCUCGGUAUAGUUCCAAUUUCGUUCUCAACCCAUUCAAACCCUUCUCUCUUGGUGGCGAUUUGAUGAUGGACAAGGGCAAUAAUGAAAACCGCAAGAAUUAUUUGAAUUCCAAUAAGACUAAUAAAAAGUUUCGAGUGGAUACUUCCAAUUCUUAUGGUGAUCCUCCUGAGGUUUGGCAACCUCCAGGUGGGGGCGGCGGAAUUAUGGUGCGUUCUGGAAAAUUUGUUCAGGCUGGUGAAGGGGAAAGUCCAGGAGCUGCAACGUCUUUAGGAGGUGGGUCGGGUUCGGGUUCCAGAGAUGGUUGCUGGGGUGGUUCCAAUUUGGGCUCUAAUUUUCCCACUCCUAAGGAGAUAUGUAAAGGGCUUGAUAAGUUUGUGAUUGGACAGGACCGAGCUAAAAAGGUACUAUCCGUGGCAGUGUAUAAUCACUACAAGAGAAUAUAUAACGACUCUUCUGAAAAGUGGCCUGCAGGUGAUUCAGGUAGUAAAGUUGAAGCUGCUGAUUUUGAGUCAGUAGAAAUUGAGAAGAGCAAUAUUUUGUUGAUGGGCCCUACUGGUUCAGGGAAGACAUUACUUGCCAAGACCUUGGCACGUUUGGUGAACGUUCCAUUUGUUAUUGCAGAUGCCACCACACUUACUCAGGCAGGAUAUGUCGGAGAGGAUGUAGAAUCCAUUUUAUACAAGCUUCUUACGGUUGCUGACUACAAUGUGCAAGCUGCACAGCAAGGCAUCGUAUACAUUGAUGAAGUUGAUAAGAUCACUAAAAAGGCUGAGAGUCUUAAUAUUAGUAGAGAUGUAUCUGGUGAGGGAGUUCAGCAAGCUUUAUUGAAAAUGCUUGAAGGAACAAUUGUCAAUGUCCCAGAGAAGGGAGCUCGGAAGCACCCUAGAGGAGACAACAUUCAGAUCGACACAAAAGAUAUUCUCUUCAUAUGUGGUGGAGCUUUUGUUGAUUUGGAGAAAACUAUUUCAGAAAGGCGUCAAGAUUCUUCUAUUGGGUUUGGGGCACCAGUUCGAACCAACAUGAGAACAGGUGGUGUAACAACUGCUGCCGUGACGUCAUCACUUUUAGAGACUGCGGAAAGUAGUGAUCUCAUUGCAUACGGUUUGAUACCUGAGUUCGUUGGACGAUUCCCCAUCCUUGUUAGCUUGUCUGCCCUUACUGAGAAUCAACUGGUGCAGGUUCUCUCGGAGCCAAGAAAUGCAUUGGGAAAGCAGUACAAAAAGAUGUUCCAAAUGAAUGGGGUUAAGCUGCAUUUUACUGAAAAUGCUCUAAGAUUGAUUGCCAGGAAGGCAAUAACAAAGAAUACGGGAGCUCGUGGUUUACGUUCCUUAUUGGAGAGUAUUUUAAUGGAUGCAAUGUAUGAGAUUCCAGAUGUUAGAACAGGUGACGACAUUAUAGAUGCUGUGGUUGUCGAUGAGGAGUCAGUUGGUUUGGAGGGGAGGGGAUCUGGGGCUAAAAUUCUGUAUGGUAAGGGUGCAUUGGACCGUUAUCUCCUCCAACAUAAAUUGAAAGACUCAGAGACAACAGCUGAAGGAUCUGAUGGAGAACCUGAGGUGGAACAGGAGCUUCCUUCUAUAGUGGCUUUGUGA